CCGGACGACUUAGAGGGUGCACUAGAUUUUGUACACAGCGACCUAUGCGUGAGGGGGUGUGCGUCCUACGGAUGUUAUCGAGAAGUCUCUCCAGGACGAGCUCCACUCUUCUGUACCAUGAAUGAUCCGCCAUGGCCCGGAUCACUUUUCAUUAUGACACUGUGCUGUCAGAUGUUCACAUGCUGCUGCCCAGUGCACGCCAUCUUAUGACACGCCUCAACUCUGUUGGACAGCCAGUCUUCCUCUCUAAAUUCAGGAUCCUGUCAGACGGUGAAAGCCAUGACAACAGUGACCCAAAGAAAGGUUUAAAGGAGGCGGAGCAAACCGAUGAACCAAGGGAAGAUACGGAAAAAGAAACUCAAGAACCACAAGGAAAAGAAGGAGAGGAAGUCGGGGCAGGAAAUGUGGAACCAUUUCUGGAUGUGGACGGAGACCUCGACAUCACACGUCGACCGAGGAAGAAACCUGACGAGGAGAGUGGCCGAGAUCUGGUCUGUCCCAUCAUCCUCAAACAGUCCAACUCUGCACUGGAAGAAGAAGACGAGCAUACGGAUGAUGGAGAAGAUAAGACCUUCAAAGACAUUAUAAUGAUUGAGCACACUAUGGCAACAACCCUGGAGGACGUUGGCAAACAGGUGUGGCUGGGUGCAUUCCUUUUGGCCGACUUCAUCCUCUCCAAACCGCACAUGUUCAGAGGAGCUACAGUCCUAGAGCUGGGAGCGGGAACAGGCUUAGCCAGCAUCGUCAUGGCAACUGUAGCCAAGACAGUGUACUGCACAGAUGUGGGAGAAGACCUUCUAAGCAUGUGCAAGAGAAAUGUGACAUUAAAUCAGCACAUGAUAGAGCCUGCAGGUGGUGAAGUGAGAGUGAGACAGUUGGAUUGGCUCCAGUAUGACCUGUGUACAGAUGCUGACAUGGAGUUUAGGUGGACAGAGGAGGAAGUUGCAGAUUUGUACGACAACACCAACAUCAUCAUUGCUGCUGAUGUUUGCUAUGAUGAUGAUCUGACGGAUGGGCUUUACCAAACACUGUACCGACUCUGCAGUAACUUCCGUAAUAGCUGCACCAUCUUCAUCUCCCUAGAGAAAAGGAUGAACUUCACCCUGCGACACAUGGAUGUUUCCUGUGAUGCUUACAACCAUUUCAGCCACUGUCUGUUCCAACUCCAGGACCUGGAGGACGGACGGUGCAGCUACAGAGUUGAACAGCUCCCUUCUGACUUCCCCCAGUUUCUUCUGUAUGAACGCAUUGAGCAGCUGGAGCUGUGGAAGGUGACCGUCACGCCACUUCCACUUUCUGCGAACACUGAACCGGCUCCUGAAGAUACCAAACAAUGCUCCAGUUAGCAGUUGAUGGUUUGAAAUGUGAAACAAAAAAACUUAACAUAAGCUGUUCUUACAUGAAUAAAAUGAUAUGAUUUAACUAAUAGAAACAGGCAAUUUGACAUAUAGAGUUCUAAAAAGAGUUUUAAAAAUGGUUGACUGAUUUGUUGCAUGAAUUUAGAGUAUUUCAAUUUUUUAUCUUGAUUCAUGCAUUCAUGACCAUCUGUCGUUAAGUUAUUUAAAGGCAACAGAUGGUGGAUGAGGGACUGCGGACAGAGCUGAUUAAAUUAUGUUUCACUUUUGUUAACAUGUUUAUGGUUGUUGAACAGGUGAAUUAAUAAAGUUGAGUUAUUUUGUUAAUUAAUUUGUGUGAAUUUCAUCAGUGGGGAAGGAGUAUUCAUUUAAUUUACAGCAAUACCACAACUUGAAAAUACUCCGAUACAAGUAAAGGUCCUGCAUUCCCAGCCCCUUCUCUCUGGGCCCUCUGCAG